AUGCGGGUGCUCGUGGGUGGCGGGACGGGCUUCAUUGGGACAGCCCUGAGGCAACUGCUGAAAGCCAGAGGUCAUGAAGUGACUCUCGUCUCCCGGAAGCCCGGCCCGGGUCGGAUCACGUGGGAUGAGCUCGCUGCGUCGGGGCUGCCCCCCUGCGAUGCUGCAAUCAACCUGGCUGGAGAGAACAUCCUCAACCCUCUCCGAAGGUGGAAUGAAGCUUUCCAAAAAGAGGUUCUCAGCAGCCGCUUGGAGACCACUGACUUGCUGGCUAAAGCCAUCACCAAGGCCCCACAACCCCCCCAAACCUGGAUCUUAGUCACAGGUGUAGGUUACUACCAGCCCAGCCUGACUGCUGAGUAUGAUGAGGACAGUCCAGGAGGAGAUUUUGACUUUUUCUCCAACCUCGUAACCAAGUGGGAAGCUGCAGCUAGACUUCCUGGAGAUUCUACACGCCAGGUGGUGGUACGCUCUGGGGUUGUGUUGGGCCGUGGAGGCGGUGCCAUCGGUCACAUGCUGUUGCCCUUCCGCCUGGGCCUGGGGGGCCCCAUCGGCUCUGGCCAGCAGUUCUUCCCCUGGAUUCACGUUAAGGACCUGGCAGGAAUCCUGGCCCAUGCCCUUGAAGCAAGCCACGUGCAGGGCAUCCUGAAUGGAGUGGCUCCAGCCUCUACCACUACGAACGCUGAGUUUGCACAGGCCUUAGGCACAGCCCUAGGCCGCCCAGCCUUUAUCCCUCUCCCUAGCAUUGUUGUGCAAGCCGUUUUUGGGCAAGAACGUGCCAUCAUGCUGCUGGAGGGCCAGAAGGUGAUCCCACGGCGGACACUGGCCACUGGCUACCAGUAUUCCUUCCCAGAGCUAGGGGCUGCCUUGAAGGAAAUCGUAGCCUAA